GCUGCAUCGGAAGCAGACCAAUUUGCACAAGCCUCUACGGAUGUCCAGUAAACGCCGGUGAAGUUCGGGCGUGAAGUUUUAAAGUUAAUUUAGAGCACUUCCGCCGGCGGUACCUGGUUAAAUGGGUACGAAGACUGUAGGAAGCAUGGCCAGCGCGUCAUCGACCGCGUCCAAGCCAGUCGUUGCCCCGGAGACGAAAACGCUCGCUUUUCCCGCCAAAUCCGAGCACUGCGACGAGAUAAAGGUGGAGACCGAGCCUGAAGUCGAGGACGUGGGUGACAGAAGAGAGUGCGCGGCACCCGGGGGUGAAGACGCCGGAGGUCAGCAUCUUCAUCAAGGAAGAUCGGACAGCUUCGGACGUCCCGAGAGACCGCCGUCCCGGUCGGACACGCAGCGACCGCUGAGCAGCGCCGAGCAACGCAUCGCGGCAGCUAUCCGACAACACUACUACCCAGAGGGCGGCUGGGGCUGGGUGGUGUGCGUCUGCGUGUGCCUCGUCAACGCCCUCAGCUGGGGCAUGCAGCUCAACUACGGAGUCAUGCACGCCGCCGCAGUCCGGCAGUUCGGCGAGGAGAACGCCGACGAAGCCCCGUGGCUGGGCUCUGCGUCACUAGCCUCUUCGCUGUUCGUGUCUCCCGUGGUCGUGGCCUGGUGCCGACGCAAGAGCGUCCGUCUCACAGCAGUAUUAGGUGGCCUGGUUGCGGCGCUGGGCUGCCUGUUCUCAUCUUUCGCGUCGCAGCUGCACCAGGGCCUGUUCAGCCAGGGCCUGGUGCUGGGCCUGGGCCUGGGCAUGGCGCGGGACGCCGGGGGCGUGGUGCUCGGCCAGUACUUCAAGCGACGCCGACACUGCGCCGAGGUGGUUGCCUGUGCCGGUUCUGGAUUGGGCACGGCGGCCAUGGCGGCGUUCUUUCACUCGGUGCUUGGGUCCCUGGGCUGGCGCCACGGUCUUCAGGCCGCAACGGGCCUGGUGUCACUGAACUUCGUGCUGGGCGCUUUCUACCGGUCAGCGUCCCUGUACCACCCGCAACGGCGCGCCAUCCUGCACCUCAAGAACCAGCGGCGCAAGAUCAAGGAGAAGAGACCACGCACCGAGAAGCCGCCGUUCUUCGACUUUGCCGCGCUGCGCACGCGCACGCUGAGGGUCGUCAUGGUAACCGCCGCUCUUGCCGCAGCCGGACUCUACACCCCCUUCUUCUGCCUCGUGCCUCUGAGCGCUGCCGAAGGCGUCCAAGGAGCGUGGGCGUUGCAAGCCCUCCUCGGUCUCGCCUCCGCGGGUGGCGCUGGCGUAGCUGGACUGCUGCUGGUGCGGCAUCCCACGCAGUGCGUACUCAGCCGGCGCUGCCUUUGCCAGCUGUCUCUACUUGGUGCCGGCCUGGCCAUGCUGGCACUCGGAGCACUGAACGGCUUUGCCGGCUACGCGUUGUUCGCUGCCGUGUACGGAGCCAGUGCCGGCGCAGUGGCGUACGCGCUGCGCAUGCUCGUCUUCGAGCGGCUGAGGGCCAGGCACUUUGGCCGCGCGUGGGGUUUCGUCCAAUGGGCGCAGUGCUUGCCGGUGCUUGUAGGAGUUCCUGUUACAGGUUACAUCAGCAAGUCGCGGGAGGACCCCAAGGCGGGCUUCUAUUUCUCGGCCGCGUGCACUUUCGCGGGCGCCACGAGCCUGUUCUUUCUGCCGGACGCCGCCAGGGUCGAGUCUCAGCUGUGCCACCACCACGCCACGCAGCAGCGCCAGCGUCAAAACAGCAGCUAUUCGCACGACACGUCGUGCUGCGGUGACCGCCCUCAGAGCUUUACGCCGGCGGCCCACUACUGCCGCGCGCGCCAUCACCGCCCCGGCGGCGGCUACGAAAGCCCAAACAAAGGAAGCUUCGAGGGUGGCAGUCCGACCGUGGAGGUCCCUGACGGCGUCGUGGUCAACAACACGCCGUGCACCUGCCGCGGGUCGCUGCUGUGCUAUCAGCGGACCAUGUCGUGGGCCACGUCUGUGGACUUUCUCGACCAGCCAGCACUGGCCGCGCUACCGUUGGACGCUGAAUGUCUCGAUGACGAAGUGGCGGACAUGGUAGUCGGGCCUCCUCAGUUCUCUGAACGUGCAGUGGACAAUAGGGUCUCAGCGGAGACUGGCGCGUCCGGUGCGGUGGAUGCGGAACAGCUUUGUGAGUGCGCUCGUUCCAGAGACCGAACCGUGAUCGUGUCGCCCAAGAUGCACGUUGCGCGGUGCUCGCACGAGCCGCUCAUCUUCCGGUCCACCAUGACACCUAUUGAGGAGGUGACAAGUGCAGUGUGA